GUCCCCGCUCACACUGUCCCUACAAAUCGAGUUUCCGAACUUUAAAGUAGAAUGUUCGCUUCAUGGUUCGCGGAGAAUCGGUGGAUCCGGUGAGGAGCCACGGUUGGGGUGAAAAGUGGGCUGUUUGUGGUUCCGUUGGGAAUCUGGGCCAGAUGUCAGAGGUAUGGUCGCUUUUUAAGGAGCACUCGCACCUACUACCGCAAAACUGUGCACGAUUUUCACAGUCCACACACGCUGCCAGUUCAUCAGUACCUAGAUAUCCUGUAUCGACGGUUCUUCCUCCAGGUACUCCAGAUCACCGUUUCAACACAACUUACCCAAAAUACCCGGACGUCAGGCGCACAAAACCCGCCGCCAUCUCCUGAAAGCUAUCAUUGCAGCCCGCCUUCUCCCAACCUCCGAGUCCACAACCCAUACCACAACCCGGGGUGCGCUUCGUCGCCACGCAAUACCAAUAUGAUGGACGCUGGCAACUCGAAGGGUGACACGCAAGACUCAGUGUCGCACAAGCCCCAAUCUCAAGCCGACGAACAGAUAAAUAAAGUGGUCACGGCCUAUCCUCUCGAUCCUAUCUUGAAAGAUUCUUCAACGCUCGCCUGCAGCUUCUUUCCUGGACCCGGAAAACAAGGCUUGCCUACAGAGAUACGCCAAAUGAUAUACGAUGAAGCAGUAUCAUUUCCGUGGUUUCAUUCCAAAUACGAAAAGAUCAUAAUGGGAGAUCACUAUAUAUAUUAUGAGGAUACUUCUCAGGCCUUAGCGCUUCUUCGCAACGGCAGUGUCUGGGAGAACGAUGCCUGUAACGCGCCAAAAGUGAAGCUCGCUAUUCAACCGUUCACGCUCCACGUAUAUUGGGAGACACUCAGCACUCGAUCAGGUUUUGAACAAGGCUAUCUAGUGGGGUUGUUGAAAGGACUUGAUGCAGUGUUCGCCAUGGACCAGGAGCAUCAGCGGGCCUCUUCGAUUGCGCCUAGAAAGUGGACCGCACCGCUAUCACCAACUGUACUCAAGUAUGGUUACUCAAUUCUAAGGUCUUUCCUUAUACAAGAAAGAAAUUGGUGGACUUUCAAGAACGAGGACCGCGAAAACGAAUGGUACCAGGACAAAGCUCCUGGAGCCUUCCUCCAGACGGCCAUACUGCAUUUACGCCGAAGCCCAGGGAUAGAUAUUAGGAUCUUUGUCUACAGUCCAUAUCCACCCGAGCGUAGAGAAGGGGAAGCUGAGCGUGUGGAGGAACACAUCAGGACACUUUUAACCCCUCUCAGACGCGGCAUAACGAACACAAGGCUCCCACGCUCAGCAAAGGAUUGUAUCCGUCAUCAUAUCACGCUAGUUGCUUACGACUUUCAAUUUUCGUACUGGAAAGAGAGACUGAAAUGCUUCGAUAGUGAGGUUCAAUGGGAAAAGGCAACACAAGACGAAAGCCAUGGAGGCCCUAGGGAGGCAGCAAUACAUAAUUUUGGGUAUUGAGAUUGUUUAUCAAUGUAG